UAUAUGGAAAUGUUUACUUGUAAUUAGAAGUACCGCCCUAAAGAGGUCGCUACCUACGACAUCGACACCGAUCAUCAACCCUUUUUGACAGUCGUGUAAAGUGAGUGACCAUUGACGAAAUAAGUGAAAUCAAUUUACGCCGAAACACUAAAACGCAGGAUAAACCAUCGGAAUCUUUUUAUUUGAGUGUUCGUGCCUGGAGCCGCGCGUGAAGUGCCGCACGAUGUCGAAGAAGCCGGCCGCGCAGCCGACGCUGCAUAAGGUGAUCAUGGUGGGCUCCGGCGGUGUGGGCAAGUCCGCCCUCACGCUGCAGUUCAUGUACGACGAGUUCGUUGAAGACUACGAGCCCACUAAGGCAGACAGCUAUAGGAAGAAGGUGGUGCUGGACGGUGAGGAAGUUCAGAUCGACAUACUGGACACGGCGGGGCAGGAGGACUACGCCGCUAUCAGAGACAACUAUUUCAGAUCAGGAGAGGGGUUCCUCUGUGUCUUCUCCAUCACGGAGCCUGAGAGCUUCGAUGCCACUCAGGAGUUCAGAGAACAGAUCCUCCGCGUGAAAAACGACGAGAACAUUCCGUUCCUGCUGGUGGGCAACAAGUCGGACCUGGCGGACAAGCGGCGCGUGCCGCUGGACUCCUGCCGCGAGCGGGCCCAGCACUGGCAGGUGCCCUACGUCGAGACCUCCGCCAAGACGAGGGACAACGUCGACAAGGUGUUCUUUGACCUGAUGCGCGAGAUCCGGUCGCGCAAGUCGGACGACAGCCGCGCCACCAACGGGGACGUCAAGGGGAAAAAGCGGAGGAAAAUCAAGUGCGCCAUAUUGUAGGCCUCGACGCGACACUACUCAUACUGCCCGCUAGAGGGCGGGCGGGCGCCGCUUGUCUCGUCCGUGAUAUGUCUCAACGUGCAGUACUGCGGCCUCGGUGCCGCGUACUCGUAGCGGCGUGCGCUGGUUGCUGUCUGUCCGUCUGUCC